AUGCAUUUGCCUUGGCCCCAGCCCGUUUUGCUCAAGCCUAUUGAGGAAGGACCUCUCCAGGUUCGUGUGUGGAACCCAAAACUGUAUCAGGCCGACAAAGCACACAAGAUGCCCAUCAUCACCCCAGCCUAUCCCUCCAUGUGUGCCACCCACAACGUCACCGAUUCUACCAAGGCUGUCAUGUUGUCCGAGUUCAAGGAUGCUGCCGAAUUGGUGAACAGGAUCAUGAGUCAGCGUGUUCCCUGGUCGUCUUUGUUUGCCAAGGAUGAUUUUUUUACUCGUUAUCGACAUUAUCUUCAGAUCAUUGCCUCCUCAGACUCGGAGGAGCGUCAUCUUACCUGGUCUGGAUUGGUCGAGUCAAGGCUGCGCCACCUUGUUGCAAAGCUGGAGCGUAUCGACAAUUUAGUGCUUGCGCACCCAUACAUCAAGGGAUUUUCCAAGGUGAUCAAGUACAAGACAGCACAAGAGAAGGAGGAUGCUGCACAUGGCAUCAUCAAUGCGCAGGCACAGGAGGCGGCUGAGGGAGCAGCGGAUUCAGCAGAUGUCAAGUCCGUGUGGAUCUCUAUGUACUACAUCGGCCUGUGUAUCCCCGUCCGUGAAGAGGGAUCCAAGGCUCACAGGAAAUUGGAUUUGUAUCGACCCAAGGAGGAGUUUACGGAAAUUGUGAAGUCUUGGGACAAGUAUGACGAGCAGACGAUGGGCAUUGUUGUGCAGCACAUUCGCAGCUCUGCACUUCCUGCCGAAGUUCUCCCUGCUGAAGCUCUUGAGGAUGCAGAACACAAGAAGAACAAGCGGUCCAAGUCUGGCAAGAAAAAUGCGGCGGCCGUGGAUGCAAGACCCCCUUCAAAGAAGCGCCGCGGAUCAGCUGUCCAGAACGGUGUAGCAUCGGAUGCGGCAUCUGUGACUUCUGUGGCCUCGGCAGACACUCCUGGCACUCCAUCGGCGAUAGCAUCACCGAUUGUGAAAAGCGAUGUGUCUACAUCAAGCACCCCGGUUCUUCAUCAGGCUUGA